AUGACGGACCGGUCACGGCUUCUGCUCUUCUUUCUGCUUUUAUGCCACAGUGAGCUGGUUUUAGCGCAAAUAAAAUAUUCCACACCCGAGGAAGUGAAAGUGGGAGCUGCUAUUGGAAAUGUUGCUAAAGAUCUGGGUCUCGAUGUCAGUUCACUGAUAAGCAGGCGUGUUCGGAUUGUUUCUGGAGCUGACGGCGCUCUGUUUGAGGUAAACCCGAACAAUGGGGUUCUUUAUGUUCAUAUGAAAAUUGACCGCGAGCAGUUGUGCGAUAGGAAUGCUGCGUGUUUAACAGACUUGAAACUGGUUGUAGAAAAUCCGCUUGAGGUGCAUUAUGUCACUGUGGAAAUAAUAGAUUCAAACGAUCACACACCGAGUUUUACAGAAAAGGAAAAGGUAAUAGAAAUAGCGGAGUCGACUGCGCCUGGCGCCCGCUUUCAGUUAUCAUUAGCACGUGAUCCGGAUGUUGGAAUUAAUUCUGUCCAGCGGUACAAGCUGAGUCAAAACGAUCAUUUCCAACUGGAAAUCAGGGAUAGAGAUGAGGAUAAAAUCCCCUUUUUGGUGCUGCAGCAGCAGCUAGACAGAGAGCAGAAAACGAACCACAGCUUGCUUUUAACCGCUAUAGACGGAGGAACACCACCACGAUCAGCUAAUCUUAAUAUUACAGUUAAAGUUCUUGAUAUAAAUGAUAACAGACCCACAUUUUCUAAAGACAUUUAUUCUGUUACACUGCAAGAAAAUGCCGCAGUAAAUGCGAUAGUUCUAAACGUGCAGGCAACGGAUCUAGAUGAAGGAACUAAUGGAGAGGUGCAGUACGCAUUCGGCGGUGACAUUAAUUCGAGAGUGUUACAGCUAUUCAGUUUAGACAAACAGACAGGGGAGAUUCGAGUGAAAGGAUUGAUUGAUUAUGAGACUGCUAAUGUUUACAAGUUAGACGUGCAGGCCUCUGACAAAGGCUCUCCACCAAUGAAAACGGACUGCAGGGUUAUAAUCAAGAUUCAAGAUAAAAAUGACAAUAAGCCGGAAAUAGAAAUCACAUCUUUAUCCAGCACGGUACCGGAGGACUCCAAACCCGGUACCGUGAUCGCCCUCAUCAGUGUUUCAGACAGCGAUUCGGGACUGAAUGGUAAAGUCUUGUGCCGUCUGACAGAACACGUGCCGUUUGAACUGAAGCCAUCAUUUAAAGAAAACAUGUAUUCCUUAGUAACAAAAGAAGCUUUAGACAGGGAAGCUGUGUCGCAUUAUGAUGUUUUUAUAACCGCUACAGAUUGCGGCGAACCUCCUCUUUCUGCAUUAAAAGCUUUGGGCAUCCGAGUGUCAGAUGUGAACGACAACGCUCCCGAGUACCCUCACAGUCCGCUCGAGUUAUAUCUGACAGAAAACAAUCCUCCCGGAGGAUCUUUAUAUUCAGUGAGCGCGUGUGAUAUGGAUUUGAACGAAAAUGCGGUCGUUUCCUAUCGGGUAAUAAAAGGCGAGAGCGGUCAUAAAGACAUGGCAUCUUUUCUGAACAUUAACUCGGAAAACGGAGAAAUAUCAGCGCUAAAAAGUUUCGACUUUGAAACUUUGAAAACGUUCCAGUUCCAAGUUGUGGCCUCAGACUCUGGAAGUCCGUCCCUGAGCAGCAACGUGACAGUGAACGUGUUCAUUCUGGAUCAGAACGACAAUGCUCCAGUCAUCCUGUAUCCAGUCAGCUCAAACGGUUCUGCAGAAGGUGUGGAGGAGGUUCCCCGCAACGUGAACGCAGGACACUUGGUGACUAAAGUCAGAGCCUAUGAUGCUGAUAUAGGAUAUAAUGGCUGGCUGCUGUUCUCACUGCAGGAAGUGACUGACCACAGUCUGUUUGGUUUGGACCGCUACACAGGACAGAUCAGAACACUUCGCUCAUUCACAGAGACAGACGAGGCUGAGCAUAAACUGCUCAUCCUGGUCAAAGACAAUGGCAACGUUUCACUGUCAGCAACAGCUACUGUCAUUGUCAAAGUGGUGGAGCCCAAAGAGGCUUUUGCAGCUUCUGAUGUGAAGAGUUCAGCCAAAGAUGAUGAGGAGACUGAUGUGACUUUUUACCUGAUGAUCACUUUGGGCUCAGUGUCGGUUCUGUUCCUCAUCAGCAUCAUCGUGCUGAUUGCAAUGCAGUGCUCCAAGUCCACAGAAUAUACUUCUAAAUAUCUCCAAGAGGCUAAUUAUGAUGGGACACUGUGUCACAGCAUCCAGUACAGAUCUGGAGACAAACGCUACAUGUUAGUAGGACCCAGGAUGAGUGUAGGAUCUACUAUAGUACCUGGAAGUCACGCAAACACUCUGGUGCUGCCUGACAGGAGGAACACUUCUGAGGAGGUAAGAAUAACUUUCUUUCUUCAAGAUUUAUUUUUUUCAAUACUGAGCAACUAGAAACUCCCGUUCCUUUGAAAAGUUUCAACUGUUUACUAUUCUGGUCAAAAUAGGAGAUCGCUGCAAACAUUUUUGUCACUUAAUAGUAUUUUUUUUCUUUUUUCUAUUUUUUUCUUUUUUGAUACAAACGGCCGCUCAAUGCUACGGCUGACAUAUUCUGAGUUGGAUCACAGACCAUUUGCAACCCAAUGCAAGAAAUGGAAGACAAUUUAAACGUUUUAUUUUGUGUGUGUGUGU